UGAGGAGGGAUAAGAAUCACCCCUCUGUGGUCAUGUGGUCUGUAGCCAAUGAGCCGAGAUGCCGCCAGCAAACUUCCAUUUCAGUUGCUAUGCAGAAAAACAAGGCACCUGAAAAUGAGAAAUCUCCCUCACUACUGUACAUGAACAGAAGUCCAGGAGGUGGAGCUGGUGCAUCUAAAGUGCUAUACACUCCUGCGCUACACUCUGGAUAAGUACGGCCUGGAGAGAGUCAAAAUUAUCCCCAGUGACAAGUUGCGGGAACCCAUAACUCUUUUUCUCUUACUGGAUCCUGAACUCCUGAGCACAUGGAUGUGCUUGGUUUGGUUGUCGACAUGCAUCCCUUCACGAGCAGACACUCCAAAGAGAAGAUGUAUCUACUAUGCCAUGGCACAAAACGCUGAAUUGACCAAGACCACAGGGAACAUAAGUAACCAUUGGCAGAACUGUGCCAUAACUGACUGCUGCAUUAGUUACCUCCAGCUGGAGGAUGGAAAACCCAAGCCUGAACACUUAGGUUGUACUAGAAACAUGACCAACUGCCCCAACUCUUCAUGCCAUGCAUCAAUGUACCAAAAAAAAAUUUUUGCGUGUGUGUGCAGCUCCGAUUUCUGCAACGCGAACAUCAUUUGGAACCAGAAAAACACGCAAAAUGACACCAAGCAACCACAGAAUGCAUUUGAUACUACAAAUAUACUGAGCGGUAACAUCCUCAUUAUUCCUGCUGGUGCUUUGAUUCUGUACAUUUUCCAUGCAAUUGCAAUGAAAUGGAGAAUUCUUUCUAGAUGCAGCAGACAUGUAACACCUCCAGACACACAUUAUACCUUAGAGGUACUUAAUAAUGACCUGAGCAAACAACUGGAGAUGCAAAAGGUACUUGCUUGCGGCAGUUUUGCAAGCGUGUGGCAGGGAACGUUCCAGGGAUCAUUGGUGGCUGUGAAAGUGUUUCCUACAGCACUAAAACAAGAGUUCACCAAAGAGAAAGAUGUUUACAAGCUACCUCUUAUGAUGCAUUCUGGGAUCGUUAGAUUUCUUGCAAAUGGAAAAAUGGGGAACGAGUUUGUGCUCGUUUUGGAACUGGCAACCCAGGGUUCUUUGAAUGUAUUUCUAUCUAGAGCGGUGUGUGACUGGGCGUGUACGCUGAAACUAGCUCAGACCCUAUCGCAAGGAUUGUCCUAUCUGCAUACAGACUUAGAAAAGAAUGAAGCCUAUAAACCAGCAGUGGCGCACUGUGAUCUCAGCAGCAGUAAUGUUCUGGUGAAAGCUGAUGGUUCUUGUGUUCUGUGUGACUUUGGAUGCUCCACAGUGCUAGAGUGCAAAGCCUUGCGGGGUUAUACUAGCAUAGUAGAGGGCAGAAUUCAGAUGGGGACUCUGCAGUACAUGGCGCCUGAGAUUUUGGAGGGAUGUGUCAAUCUGAGCAGCAGUCGAUUUCUGCUUCAGGGAGAUGUGUACUCCUUAGGACUACUGCUCUGGGAGCUGCUGAUGCGGUGUUCUGAUCUCUGCAAUGAUUUUCCAGUUCCAGAACAUAUGUUGCCCUAUGAGACGGAACUGGGACGCAAUCCUUCCCUUGAACACCUACUCAUGUUUGUAUUGGAGAAAAGAUUGCGUCCAACUAUACCUUGUUCAUGGGCCAGGGUCUCUCAGGGACAGCUUCUCCACGAGCUCCUUGAAGAUUGCUGGGAUCACGAUGAGGAUGCAAGACUCACAGCAGAGUGUGUGGCCAACAGGCUAGCGUCUUUACCUCCCCGAUGUUGCUUUCUAAUGAAUGAAGUCGGAGUGUAAAUUUAAUGUUGAAUAUUAUAACAUUAGCUGGUGAUAUAAUACUAAUGAGAGAGAAGUGUAGCUCAGGUAUGUACUACUUGCUGUACUUUUACAAGCGGCACUUCAAGAACGGUGCAGAGAAGAUAAAUGGAAGAUUGAAAUUUAAUUUCAUGUUAAUGAGAAAUCCAAACACAGACAUUUAUUUAGGUACAUUUAGCGGAAUCAGAUGUUAGUUUUAGACUGCAUGUUUAAGACUCCUGCUGCCUAAGAUGAGAUUUAAUUAAUUAAGGUCCCUGGGCCUUACCCAGGGUGGCGUAAUCGGAUUGUAAUUUUUUUUUUUAAACCUUCAAUGCCUCAGCGCUCCAUAACAUCUUGUUCUAUGAUUGUUCUAUGUGCUCUCACAAAAUGAAAAAAAUAAUCUUAGACCUGGUAGAUAUUAUGCUGGCUGUCAAACCAAAAAAUUCUUUAAAAUGGAAUUGACUAUUUCUGCAAGAAAACAAGCACUAAUUGAUACCCCAUUCCCAUUUUAUUAAAAAUUUAUAAAGCCUUUUAUUUUUGUUGAUGUUACAAGCAGAAAUGAAUAUUCUUUUUCUUUUUCCUUUUUCUAUUUUUAAACAGACUCCCUAUUGUGCUUUAAGGAAGCUUGCAUUCAACCUUUUUUUGGCUCAUUUGUAGAAUUGUGACUCCCAGUUAUAGCUCUGUAGGUGUCUUUUUUUUUUUUUUUUUACAAUGAUGAAAGUUACU